AUCUGAACACAAUGGAUGCUGACGAGGGUCAAGACAUGUCCCAAGUUUCAGGGAAGGAGAGCCCCCCAGUCAGUGACACUCCAGAUGAAGGGGAUGAACCCAUGCCUGUCCCUGAAGACCUCUCCACCACCUCUGGGGCACAGCAGAACUCCAAGAGUGAGCGAGGCAUGGCCAGUAAUGUUAAAGUAGAGACUCAGAGUGAUGAAGAGAAUGGGCGUGCCUGUGAAAUGAAUGGGGAAGAAUGUGCAGAGGAUUUACGAAUGCUUGAUGCCUCAGGAGAGAAAAUGAAUGGCUCCCACAGGGACCAAGGCAGCUCGGCUCUGUCAGGAGUUGGAGGCAUUCGACUUCCUAACGGAAAACUAAAGUGUGAUAUCUGUGGGAUCAUUUGCAUCGGGCCCAAUGUGCUCAUGGUUCACAAAAGAAGUCAUACUGGUGAACGGCCUUUCCAGUGCAACCAGUGCGGGGCCUCCUUCACCCAGAAGGGCAACCUGCUGCGCCACAUUAAGCUGCACUCGGGCGAGAAGCCCUUCAAGUGCCAUCUCUGCAACUAUGCCUGCCGCCGGAGGGACGCCCUCACCGGCCACCUGAGGACGCACUCCGUUGGUAAGCCUCACAAAUGUGGAUAUUGUGGCCGAAGCUAUAAGCAGCGAAGCUCUUUAGAGGAACAUAAAGAGCGUUGCCACAACUACUUGGAAAGCAUGGGCCUUCCAGGCACGAUGUACCCAGUCAUUAAGGAAGAAACUAACCACAGUGAAAUGGCAGAAGAUCUGUGCAAGAUAGGAGCAGAGAGGUCCCUUGUUCUGGACAGACUGGCAAGCAACGUCGCCAAACGUAAGAGCUCUAUGCCUCAGAAAUUUCUUGGAGACAAGUGCCUGUCAGACAUGCCCUAUGACAGUGCCAGCUAUGAGAAGGACGAGAUGAUGACAUCCCAUGUGAUGGACCAGGCCAUCAACAAUGCCAUCAACUACCUGGGGGCUGAGUCCCUGCGCCCGCUGGUGCAGACACCCCCUGGCAGCUCUGAGGUGGUGCCUGUCAUCAGCUCCAUGUACCAGCUGCACAAGCCCCCCGCAGAUGGCCCCCCACGGUCCAACCACUCGGCGCAGGACAGCGCCGUGGAGAACUUGCUGCUGCUGUCCAAGGCCAAGUCUGUGUCAUCGGAGCGGGAGGCCUCCCCGAGCAACAGCUGCCAAGACUCCACGGACACCGAGAGCAACGCAGAGGAGCAGCGCAGUGGCCUCAUCUACCUGACCAACCACAUCACCCCACAUGUGCACAACGGGCUGGCCCUCAAGGAGGAGCAGCGUGCUUAUGAGGUGCUGAGGGCGGCCUCAGAGAACUCGCAGGAUGCCAUUCGCGUGGUCAGCACGAGUGGCGAGCAGCUGAAGGUCUACAAGUGCGAACACUGCCGUGUGCUCUUCCUGGAUCACGUCAUGUACACCAUCCACAUGGGCUGCCAUGGCUUCCGGGAGCCUUUUGAGUGUAACAUGUGUGGUUAUCACAGCCGGGACAGGUACGAGUUCUCAUCCCAUAUCACACGGGGAGAGCAUCGCUACCACCUGAACUAAAUCCAGCGAGGCCCCACAGAAGCACAAAUAUAGCUGCCUAUGCCUCCCUCCUGGCAGCUGGACUCACAGUGGACAAUGUUUGGUGUAGAUUUGCAGGCAGCAUUUGUCCCUUUAAGUUGUUGGUUGUUUGGGAUUUGAUUUGCGGUAGAUGACAAGUUUUUAAUGUUAGAGACAGGAUUGCUUUGCAUCGGGAGCAUUCAGGACAUCCACCCUUCUAGACGGUUUUGUUGAUGGCUAGCUGAGAUUUCUGUGACUAAUGGCUUUCUGAUCCAAUGCACCCACCCACCUACCCCCAAAAAACAUACAGCCUGAAUUUUCAGAGAAUUGAAUAAAAGAAUUAUCCAAGAAGGAGCAAGGUGAACCUUGCCCUAAGCAGAGUUUAUGCCCAAUGGAUUCUCCAAAUCCCCCAAAACACCAUAGCCACUGGGGUGGGGCCAUCUCAGGGAGCUCCGCAGGUGAGUCACAGGACCGGACAUAAGGCAGCUGGUGAGAAGCAAGGAUGCAGCCUGUGUGAAGACCAGGGCCAAAGACUGAACUUUGAAAGAUGCUAUUCAGUCACAUACUGCAUGGGAACAUGGUGUCUGGAUUAAGUUGUGCUGAGGGACUCCUCUGAGAAAGAAGGGAAGGGGACUGGAGAGCCUUGCAGAGUUCUCUUCUGAUCACAUCCAGCCUCCUGGGACUUGAUCCCCAGUGAGAUGAGCUCAGUGCUCCUGUGGGCACUUUUGGGUAGCCCUGUUCCCUUGCCACUCCCGUGCCAUUAAUGUCCCAAAGCUCAUCAUUGCAUUUUAGACUCCAAUCCUGAAAUUGAGACCUUAAACUUCUCAUACUGUAACAUUCCUCAGAAGCCAAAGCUUUCUUUCAAGCCCCACUCUCAGUUGUCUGGGUUUCUGUUCCUCCCUGGAUGGAUAUCAGGACGUAUCCCACCCAAGUCCAACCACAUCCCUUCAUUCCAGUUGAAUCCCUGUUCUGAUUAUAGCUAUGGACCUGGCUAUCUUAGUCAGAUAAAUAUCUUUCCCUACUCACACUGUAUGUUAUUUUUGUUUGAAAGCCUGUAAAAUCAUUAUUCAGAAUGACCAUUUUUAGGAAAUAUGAGCCUAGCAUCUCAGUGGCUAAAACACAGAAUAUCCUUGCUUUUAAACAAAAUUUUUUUAAUAUUCUGAAGCUUUUCGGCACAAUACCAAGCAGCAUGUGUUUUCACAUAAACAGGCCAGGAACCAUGCAUCCUUUUUCAGGUAGAGGUAUUAGGAUAUUGGAAUGUUUGGGGCCACAAUGUGACCAGUGCAGGUUCCCAGAGAGGAAUGCCCACCAGACAUCACAGGAAAGAGGCGGGUGAGGUGGUAGAGGUGAGAUCUGGUCCAGCAAGACAGGAAUGCCACACUGAAGCUGUCAGUUAGCUGGAGAUUCUCAACAGGAUGGGCCUCUCUUAAGAGUCAGUAUUAGGGUCAUUACCCUCCACCACCUCAACGAAACAAAAGCAUAGAACUGUCUUGUUUACAGCACUGUCUUCACAGAAAAUCUGAGGUGAUUCCAAAGAACUGGAGUGGAGACUGUCUAUAGCAGCCCUUAGGGUAAAGCAGGGGUUCUUAGUCACAGGCCUCCUGACACAUGGGGCUCAUCAUCACUGGUGGGGACUGUUCUAGGAAUUGUAGGUUACCUAGCAGUAUCCCGGCGUCCAGUCGAUGCCAGGAGCACCCUAGUUGAUAUCCAAAACUAUCUUCCAGGUGUUCCAUGGGGGCAAACCACGGAUCUAAAUCUUAAACUGGUGGAAAGUGUGGGAAGCUUUCCAAAAACAAAAAGCACUUGAAGCCUUUCCCGGUCAGCAGCUUCCAGCUGCGCUUGUUUCUUUGGAAAGUGGAUGAAUUCUCUAUGUGCACUUGAGAAUACAGUUCCUCCAGAGCUUCCGAGUUCAGUUGCAGGAGUGAAGUUCGAGAAGGUAUCACUCUUAAGUGUGGGUUUCUUUGCUUCCAGAACAAUGUGGCAUUUUGAAAGUGAAAAUAAAAUUGCAACUGUAACGAUUUACACUGAGUAAAGGGAGAAUCUGAGGAACUGGAGCUGUGAACAGCUUUUGUUCAAUAUGCAGUUACAGAGAAAGGCUGGCCUUACCCAAAUUCAUAUACUCCAGAUGACAACCUUCCAAGCCUCCAGUUUGCCGGCAGCUCCUGCUCACUCUUGUCCUUAUCCAUGAGAGCCACAGGGUCAGCUGGUGCAAAGAUGGUUCCAAGCCCCACCCCUACCCCUGCCACCAGCAUUCAGAUGUUAAAGCAGAAUUGUAAAUAGUGGCUUCAGGAGCUGUUUUCUGGAAUGCUUUGCCCUUCCUCUCACUGCCUUUUUUAGCUGAUAUAAAUGUCUAUUUGCACACCUUUUGUUGUGGUUUUAUAUUGUAACAGCAUUUUUUUGAAACUAUUGUAUUUAAGAUAAGGUUUCAUAUUAUGUCCACAAGUAAUUAAAUUAUGUUUGAAGGUGGCUAUAUUCUGUAUCAAAAGUUGAUGAUGUUUUUCUUUAGCUGGUAAAGUAGGGUUUUGCAUGACCUCACUUUUUGUUCUGUGGUUUGUUCUGUUGUAUGGUGUGUGUCUUCAGUAUUGCUGUGUGACGAAGUGUGCUGAGACUCCAUGCCCUCAUGUUGUCUUUUAAGUAGCCAUCAGAGGCAGGAGGGUUCCUAAACGCAGGCUGACCUGUUAGUGACAGCUAGCAAUCACCAUUUCUCAUUCCCUCUCCUCCCUGUUACCCCAGCUUCCUGUCCCAGGUCCCUUCUGUGAUUAAUGUGUGUGUGUGUGUGUGUGUGUGUGUGUGUGUGUGUGUGUGUCCUAAUGAGCAUCACUGUGUUACCAUUGCAUUAUCCCCCAGGACAUGUCCCAGCACCAGUUGCUUCAGAUACCAGGACGUUCUGUUUCCAAUUUAGAAUCAACCACAUAAUAAAACAUUAGAGUCUUCAUUGAGAAGCAGAGGCACUCGUUAUGGAGAUGGGGAGGGGGGUUGUUUUAAGCUUGUGUUAUAUUUUGCGCUCUUUUCUUCUUUUGUUUGUUUUUGACUCUUGUAACCUCAUCUUGCCAAAACAAACUUGAAAUGAACUGAAUUUGUGUAGACAUAUCAUGACGUAUCAUCUAUUUUUCUCUUCUUCAGUUCCAGCAAUAAGAAUGGACUAACUUUAAAACUCAGAUUUCCCACAUUUAACAUCCAGGUUUUUUUCUUUUUUUUUUUUUUUUUUUUUACUUUAAAGUGAGCCACAAUUAGACUUGAGAUGUACAGGCAUCAAAAAGCAAGAAGUGUACGUGCAUCUGGAGCGACAGCACUCACUGUGAACAAGUGUGACCAGAUAUUAAUAUGCAAUAUUGUUCCAAGUCCUUUCUAAUACACUUUUUUCUAAUGUUGUGUGUGGUGAUUGCUGAGGUCAAAUCUCCGUGUACCGCUGCAGCUGCAGCCCUGUACUUCCUGGCUGGCAGGCGCAUGCAGAGGACUGUGAGACAAUGGAGUCACCUCUGCAGCCCUGGCUCCAUCGUGAUGUUAAACGCUCUCUGUCUAGCUGUGAACAAGUGAUUUCCACUGGAGGCGUAGAGUAUCCUUUUGUACACAUUUUGUG